GUCAUCAAAGCGGCUGUGGACCAAGAAGAACAACUAGCUGCUAUGGCUAAAAGAAGUUCUAGCUCUAGCUAUUGUUCUGGCCAUGGUCUUUGUAGAUGUUCUCCAAGAUAUAGUAUGACAGAGAACACUGUUGCUGAGUGUAAUAAUUGGAACCGUAAAGCCAAAACCUAUCUUUCUGAAACUCAAUAUCAUCCGUAUUCAGCAUUAACUCAAACCAGCAACAAGUUUAUGAAAUCAUCAGUACUAGAAUACUCUUUUGAAGAGGACGAAGACGAUGAUAUGGAUAAUGAUGAUAUUGAAGACGUAUCUAACAAUGGUUACCGUGUGGCCAAAUGGCUGGAAGUACCAUGUGACCAGAAGUGGAUUCCAAGAGGAAAUAGUGCUAUAACUGUCAGUAGCAACGAUACGAGUUACUUGGAGGAUAGAGGAUCAUCGUUGAUUAUUGGACAGCCRCCAUCUCCGUUAAACCACCCACCACCUGCCGGUUACCCACCGUGGGAGUUCUACUAUCCCAUUGACAUACAAGUGAUCCAGCCGACGCCGUGCAUGUCACCGAGCGGCGGCAGUCAGGAAAGUUUCUCGGACGUGCCUAGGCACACGGAACAGCUGUUGCCGGCGGCGUCCGAACGGUUCCGGAAACCACCGCAGCAGCAGCGGAAGACGGCGUCGUCGUCGACGGCGGCGCCGAUCGCGUGCAUCCGGACGUCGUGUAGCAGCUGCAGCGACGACGCCGCUUCCACAGCCACCACCGUCAACUCGUCAGUGUUCGCCGAAGAAUGUUGUUGCUCGACGACGACGUCGUCGUCACCGCCGUCUCAGUUGCAGCUGACCGACCGCAACAACGCCGGUGCAUCGUCGGCCAYCACGGCCGCCAAAGUUUCUGGGACAUCUUCAAMUGAUAAUGAAAAUGGAAUUGAAAACAUAUUAAACAAUUUUUCAUUAGCUUUAAAAUCUAAGAACCUCGAAUCAAAUUGGAUUUUUAAAUCAGAAAUUGCUUCUGCGUAUUUUUCCGUUGAAAUGAUUUAUUUGAAUCCUACUGUAUCAAACCCAGCUGGAACUACAAUACCUAAUCAUAGAAGACGUGAAAUUUACCGAUUGGCUUGUGAAUAUAAUAUGCUCAUUCUCGAAGACGAUCCAUAUUACUACUUACAUUUUGAAAAAGAAAAUCCUGUUAGCUUUUUAUCGAUGGACACAGAGGGUCGUGUACUUCGAUUCGAUUCAUUUUCGAAAAUCAUGAGCUCUGGUUUACGUGUUGGAUUCGUAACCGGACCCAUAACGUUACUGCAUAGAAUGGAACUACACAUGCAAACAUCAUCAAUGCACUCAUCAUCAUUAUCACAA